CUGCAGCCUUUCCGACCUUUUGCCACCGCCAUGGGGCAAGGGUUAGCAGCGCAGAAUGGAAGCUGUUGCCAUUGUAAUCGAGAAGUUAGUCGACUUGAGGAGACGCGGAUGAGUCAUUUGCAUGCUGAAGCACUAGAGGAAUCCAUGAAACAUGACUUUGAAGAGGACAUGGAGAGGCCUGAAUCCGACUCGACCAUGGUUUCCUCCCAAGGGGUCAGGGAAACUCAAGAGGCCUCGGAGGUAUUGAAGUCAGCCAUGACCUCGCAAGAAGCACGGGGAACGCCGCAGGGAAAGGAGAGCGCUCGGGUACGCAUCUCGUUGCCAGAAAGCCUGACAGAAUCAGAUUUGGGCGAGUUGCCGACGUACUCCAAGGGCCUGCGAGGAGCCGACAACACCAAAACUUACAGUGGCGGCAGUGGUGAGCAUAGCUACGGUCUGUUUUCCAGAGGUUUGGCUGCAGGACAAGCAGCAAGGACAAAGUUUCGAAGGACAUUCUCACUGAAGGCAGCGAUUUCCAGGGUCAAACCCCAUCGGGUGCCUGACAGGCAUCAAUUCUGGAAUACCAACUUCCCGCAGGAUUAUGCUUGGCUAGAGCCUGCGAUCUGGAGCAUCGCCAAGAACCUCUCGCGGGGGAUGAAGUGCAAGGACUUGGUCUCGGGACAGGCAUAUUUGCCGCUCUUUUUUGUCCUGGGCGCAUGUCCGAACGCCUUUUGCGGCAUGCAGGCAGUGAUGUACUGCUCGAGUGCAGCCAAUUCAUUGGACAUUGACUUUUGGUGGGUGAAGCCUCAAAAGGACGAUGCACAUUGCAUCGAGACGGAGACCUUGUGUCGACAAGCCAAGGGACCGCACAAAAACGAUCCUGGAAGGUCGAAACCCUUCUACAAACCCAUCGCAGACCUCUUCACUCAGCAGGCCUCGAUGAAUGCCCUGUCGUUUGGUAUCGAGGAUGUUGACGAUGGGUCAGGUGGUACCGCGCCACGCGCCCUGAUUCAUCAUGGCGCAGCUGGUAGCAAGGUGGACAAGCACUACCUCACAAUGGUGUGGCAAGAAGAAUGGACCCAGAACCCUUUCUCUCGUCACAAGUACAUCAAAGGAAAGAUCGUGUAUCAGAAAGAUCCGGAGGAGCUUGAAUUCUUUACAAAAGCUUACACCAUCCUAGAUGGCAAGAUGAUGCUGUCAGAGAUAGAGGACUCCGGUUUUCCCUCCCCGCUCCCUGGGGAAGAUGUGAAGUAUUUAGACAACGCUCCCUGAGUCACUCUUGAAGAGCUCGGCUCGAACAUGUUCUGAGGCGUUGAGCGUUUUUGGGGCUGGUAGUGUCUCCAGAUUUGGUGGACCUCCUCAUCUAUGAUGGCCGAAACAUG